GAUGGGCGGGAGUGCCGGAGGGAUGUCGCUGCUGCGGUCGCUGCGCUUCUUCCCGGUGGCGUGCACCGGCCGCUCGGCGAGGGCUGUCCUGCUCCAGCCGUCCCAGCCAUGGCACACGUUUCACGCGGGCCCCUCGCUGUCCUCUGCUGCCUCCAGCAAGGAGCUCCUCAUGAAACUGCGGCGGAAAACAGGCUACUCCUUUGUCAACUGCAAGAAGGCUCUGGAGACUUGUGGCGGUGACCUCAAGCAGGCAGAGGACUGGCUGCACAAACAGGCCCAGAAGGAAGGGUGGAGCAAAGCCGCCAAGCUCUAUGGGAGGAAGACUAAAGAAGGCUUGAUUGGGCUCCUGCAGGAGGGAAACACAGCUGUUUUGGUAGAGGUAAACUGUGAGACAGAUUUCGUCUCCAGAAAUUUAAAAUUUCAACAGUUGGUCCAGCAAGUAGCCCUGGGAACCAUGGCGCACUGUCAGAACCUGACGGAUCAGCUCUCCACAUACAGUAAGGGCUUCCUCAACUCCUCUGAGCUUUCUGAACUUGCAGCUGGGCCCGACAGGGAAGGCUCUCUCAAGGAUCAGUUGGCCUUAGCGAUUGGUAAACUGGGAGAGAACAUGAUUCUUAAACGAGCGGCCUGGGUGAAGGUACCCUCCGGGUUCUAUGUCGGCUCUUAUGUGCACGGAGCGGUGCAGAGCCCCUCCCUCCAGAACCUGGUGCUGGGGAAGUACGGGGCCCUGGUCGUCUGUGAGACUCCCGAGCAGAUCUCAAACCUGGAGGAGGUUGGCCGCCGCCUGGGGCAGCAUGUGGUGGGCAUGGCCCCUCUGUCUGUGGGCUCCCUGGACGAUGAGCCUGGAGGGGAGACGGAGACCAGGAUGCUGCCCCAGCCAUACCUCCUGGAUCCUUCCAUUACACUGGGACAGUACGUGCAGCCCCGGGGCGUGACUGUAGUGGACUUUGUGCGCUUCGAAUGUGGAGAAGACGAACAGGUGGCUGAGGCUGAAUAGGUUUUUGGCCUAAGUUGAAAUAUUUAAUUUUUAUAUCUGGAUUUCCUUAUAAAAAGUUAUUUUCUAAACCUCUUCAACCCUCAAAUUUGUUUUUUUCUUUUUAGUUUAAAAUGAAGUUAUAUAAUCAUGGGUAAAGUUAUUAAAUGGUGAUAUAAUAAAGAGUUUUUCUCUUUGUAUAGU